CUUACUGCGCCUUGAGUGUGUAGGUCGAUUUCUGUUUGGUGUUGGUGGUUCGCGGUGCCGUCACUUCGUGCGAUCAUUCAAUAGUUGACUUGUGUUAUAAAAUGUCAAAUUCCUAUCAAUCAUUAUCGUCGUGCAGUGCUGGUUUUGGAUUUUCACAGUCGAUCAGACAGUGGAUAUACAGCUGUGCUCCGAUAUAAGUGUGUUUCGUUUCUUGUGACCAUUUUGACGUUUGUGCCUGUCGCUUCUGACACCGGCCGGCGUUUUCUACGAUUACCCAUCUAAGUGAUUACCACAUUCAAAACUUGGAUAUACCUCUCAAUAAGAUACAUCAGCAGCAACAGAUGUUUUCCGGAAUGCCGAUGCUUUUGAGCGAGUUUGACUCUGUUAUCGAGGGAGAGAUGAACAUGAGCUUGCUGGGCGACCCGUUCACGCUGGAGUCGCUCAACGACAUGCUCGCAGCCGAUACGUUCGGUAUGAACCGCGACUGGCUCCACCACGAGUGGGACAACUUGGACGAGUCCGCGCCCGAGUGUCACGAGUCGUUCGACGAUCGACUGUCGCACGACUGCAUGUGGUACGGCACUUGCGACAGCGACUACCAUCGCGAGAACAGGACGUUCCCCGAAACAAGGUUCAUGGUGAAAACAAAUAGUGUGAAAAGUGUCGCCGAGCCUUCAGUGAACAGCAGUAGUAAUACGAGUAGGUGCGAGAACAAUAGCAGUAUCGCCGGUAGUUCGAGUGCCUCGAUUGUCCCCAGCACCAGCAAUGGUGUUGUGCGGACAGUCUUCAGUAGUAAUAGUGUUAGUAAAGUUAGCAACGCCUGUGUGAUCAAUAGUAAUAAUGUUGUAAAUAGUAGCAUAAAUAGUUCAGUUGGAAGCAGCAAUAAAGUGAUCAUCAGUAACCCUCUGGUAGAAAGGACGAAGACUAGUGUGGCACAGAAGCAGACAAUCCAGGUGCCUAGUGUGGGAGGGCCCCGCCGUGCCGGCGUCACCGUGCAGAAGACGGUGGCCCGCAGUCUGCUCAUCAAGUCGACCAACCCACCUGCGAUGCCUCCUGCCAUCACUCGCCCCUGUUACCAGGCCGACUCCGAGGACGACCCCUGCCCCCUCGACCUCCCGCUGCAGUCCGUCCUGCUCAACAGCUUCUUGCUGGACAACAUCAAGCCGCCUCAGGGCGACCUCUGGGACGACGUGAUGGCAGCCGUUGAGGAGGAGACCGCCGCUGGCCUCAGCCCCGAGACGCCGCCUCCCUCCUCCAAGGCCUCCUCGGACAGCGAGAGCUGUGACGAGAACUCGCUGCAGCCACCGGCCUCCUUCCCCAUGAUUACACCGUCAGUCGUCGCUGCCGUCUCAUCAGCCUCCUCGUCGACGAGGAGCUCCGCCUCAGACAGCCCUGCCUCUGUCGUCAACGAUGACCACAGCUAUCACAGCUCCGCCAAGUACCAAUGGCAGCGUCGGAUUGACGACCUUGGCGUCCAGACACCUUCUGAUUCAGAGGAGGAAAUCGACGUGGUAUCGACAUUCGAGCGCUCGUCGAACUGCAGCAGCGGCCGCUCGUCAUCUUGCAGCUCUCCCGGCUCCUAUUCCGAUUCGUCAUCGAUGCCAGACAAGCGCCGGUUGGUGGCCGAAUCGCAGGAGCUGCAGCUGGCAGCCACCAAGCUGCUGUCUGAAGCGUCGCGCGCCGUCAGCAAGCGGCUCAGGCUGAAGAUCACCACGACAGCCGCCGGCCCCAAGCCACGCGGCGCCCCACGCGGUGCCCCGCGCGGACGCCCGCCCACCAAGCGCCGUAUCAGCGACGUCCUGGAUGACGACAGCUCGUCGUCCGUCACUCGACUCCCCGCCAAGAAGGCCAAGGCCCACGGCGGCCGCUACAAGAAACCUCGCUAUUCCGAGGAGUUCGGCGACCGGCGUCGUCUGCACAACAACAUGGAGCGAAUGAGGCGAGUCGACCUGAGGAACUCGUUCGAGGACCUGCGAGGCCUUGUGCCUAGUCUCAUGAACAAGGAACGCGCUCCCAAGGUUCUCAUCCUCCAGGACGCCGCCAACUACUGCACCGAGCUCAGGAUCCAAAGCAAGCAGCUUUCCUGCGAGGUGUAUGCGCUCAAGAAAGAGCAGGACCGCCUCAGGGCCACUGUCUCUCGCCUCAGACGCUCAUUAGCAGCCCAUCGCUAAGACCGAUUUCAAUACGUUAUUUAAUUUUGUCUUAAAGUGCGUACAGACUUACGCGCCACAAACACACACAUUUCACUUUUCAUUAGCUGAUGCUUGCACAUUCAAGGUUGCAGUGUUUUUAUUAGAUCUUAGUAGGAAUGAUUCGAUCAAAAUACUUAGAGAGAGAGAGAGAGAUUGAUGCUUAUAUUUGUACAAAUACACAUUGUAUAAGCUGAUGGAUUGCGCGUGUUCGUGGCGCAUGAGUCUGUGUGCACCUUUGAACUCAGGACUUGAAAGUGUUAACACACCACUUAUUUUCUUCGUGCUUCGAUCCUUCCUUUAUACAGAUAUCUUCCAUAAUCUUGGUGCAAUUAAAGUUUUUUAAAUUUAUAAGUUGAGUUGAUGGUUCACUUCAUCAACGACAGACAUUACUAUAUAGUCUUGUAGCAACCUGCUCGAGUUCAGUUCAUUAUUUCAUAAUAGAUUGUUUAGAGUAAGUGCUCUAUCAAACUGAUUUUCCGGCAAUUUGUACAUAAUAUUGGUUAUAUACAUCUUGUUCAUUAUAAUUAUUAUUGUCAGCUUAAUAUAAAUUGUGACUGAACACCAGGUCACAUACGUAUAAUUACAAGAUAACCUAUAUAGGAUUAUAUCGCCGUAUGGUUCUUACUUAUUAUGUACAUAGUUUCCUUGUUUGCUGUCCCUUAUUCUAUAUUCAGAAUUGCCUUAGUUGAUGUUUACAGUCACUUACUGAUAAAACUCCAUUUUGGCCUAAAUAAUGUAGAAAAAAAUUUGUUAUAAUAUUAAUAUUUUUGGUCUACUCUGAUGUAUGUACAAAGCUAAACGCCUUUUGAGCAGGAGCGUAACUUUUUAGUAUAAUCAUUAUUACAUUUGGAAUACAGUACUGAAGUAGUCUUUCUAAAAUGGUUGUCUCAUCUAAUCGGUCAAUGAAUCCCCAUUUGCCUUCCUUCCUUUUUUAUUAAUUUUGUACUUUUGUAUGUUGAUAAUGAUGAUUUAAUGGCGAUAAUAGUGUAAAGUAGGAUACAGUUACUACAACAGAGAUGUUCCAUAUUUAUCAAAUGUAUUUUUAAGAAUUGUUUUAUAUUAUCAGAUAAGCAUAUUAUAUUAUGAAGUAUUAUAGCCUCAGUGAUGUUGAUGAUUAUAUUAUGAUGGAGAAGGCGGUGGUGAUGAUGAAGAUUGAAUGGCUGGAGCAUUUCGUGAACAGGCCAAAGCCCUCCAUGUGCAAGGUCUAGUGAUUGAAAUCGCUUCAGUGGAUCUAUUGUGAUAGGCUUGUGUUUUUGAGGGAUGAAUUUAUUCGUAGUAAUUGGGAAACUAGAGUUCUGGUUUGUAGUAGUGUGCACUAUUGUUCUGAUAGUUAUUGAUUCUUAAGUGAGCAGAUGCCUAGCCUCAUUCUGAUGAAUGUAGUGGCGCAAUUAUGGUUCGUCUGGGCUAUUAACUCUCUUGUAACAGUACAUCUGAAUUUAUAAAAAAAUAUUGAAUCUAAUUUUUAAUAUUAGUUGAUAAGGAAAUGCUAUACGCCAAAGUUGAUGAAUCAUGAAGAAUAUUGUGGUUAAUGAAAUCAGAAUGGAGAAGAUAUGAGGAGGUGAAUUAAAAUUGUAAUCGAUUUCAGCAAUUCCAAUCAUUUUGCUUCGGUGUACUUUGUUGUUUUAGUGGAAUUGUUUUAACAUCAUUUCAUUAUCUUAGUUUGUUAAAAUGAGGUGCUUAUGAUAGAACGUUUUGCGAUUAUUUGAUUUUAUAGCAUUCAUUGCUAUUUUGUUUAUCAGUUCUACUUCAAAUUUAAUUAUAGUGACAGUUCACUCUCAAUUUUCUUGAAUCUCCUGUCAACACAGCUCUCACUCUGUAGACCAUCAGGGUAUAAACUCGAAUGCUAUUCAAAUACUUUUAAAUUUAAGACAAGCUGCUAGAUCAGUCUAAAUCUUUUAAUUAUUUGAUGUGAUGGAAUUCAUUCUCUUAUCUAUUUUACACCUCCUUGUUUGAAAUCAUCAAGUUUUAAAGCUAAAUACUGUAUUAAGAUGUGGAUUUGUUAGGAGUGCGGAUGAUUGAGAGUGACUGUCAUGUGGGCUUAUAAUAUUGUUACUUCCAGCCCUGUUUCAAAUUUUGUAAAAUGAACCAUAUUUCUUGGUUUCAAGUUAUGCAUAAUAAAAAUAAUUAUCUUAUGUUUAAUAUUAUGUCGUUGCAUAAUCAUUUUUAGUUUAUAAUGUUUGUCAAUCAUUUUUCUACUUUGAUAACAGAUUGUUAUUUGGCAAUUAUCAUUGAUUACAGAUUGUUGCUUGACAAUUAUCAUUGGUAACAUAUUGUUAUAUAUGGCAUUAUCAUUGAAAACUGAUUGUUAUUUGGCAAUUAUCAUUAUAAUCGCGUUAUUUAUGCCAGCCAUUUUGAAUUAAGUGUUCUCAUCGCAUUUCUAUAUUAAAAUAUUCAUUUGGGCGAACAUUUAUUGAUUGAAUAAUAUUGAUUCAAACUAAACCUUUCUGUGGUGUUCGUUCAUUUUUUCUCACAUUUGUCAUCAACGAUUUUCAGUACCAUAAGUGAAAAAAUGUGCCAUUAAAUUGUGUUAGUUUCGAUGGUGUUGAAAAGUACAUACAUGGUGUUAACCAUUCUUGGAGAUUCGUUGUAGAAUUUUUCUUUGUGUUUUUAUUGGAGAAUACUUGUUUUGUUACUGGAUAAAAUGAAGGGACCCUGCAGUGGGGUAGGCUGUGCUCUUAAAUAUAAUAUAGUAAUAGUAAUAAUAGUGUUCAUGUAGACAAGUUAGAUUGUGUUUGCCCCAAUGGAAAUUUUAUUUAGAAAUGCAAUGACUAUAUGAAUAUAUACAUAUAAUAUUUUGGGAUAAUUGAACAUUGAGUUAUUUACUAAAUAUCGUUUUCUUUUUGUUAUAAUAACUUUUGAGUAAAGUUCUUAAUUGAAAUUUGAGCUGUGUCGGUGAUGGAUUACAUUAUUACUGAAAUUGAUCCGGCACAAAGUUUUUUAUGUAACUUCUGUAAAAUAAAUUUAUAGCUUUCAUAGCAAUCAAA